GCGGCCUCCCUUAGUUUCAGUGCGCAUGCUCAGACUCCUCCUCAAGCUCCUUGGCAGUUGAGGAGCGGUGUUAGCUGUGGACGACCAGGCGAGAUGCUGCUGUUGAUGCUGGCGGCGGUGGCCACUGUGGUCAGAGCUCAGCCACUGUGCCGGCCGUACAAGGUGAGGACCGGGAAGGUGUUCGCUUCCAAGCCGCUACCUGAAGGGGACAGGCUGUUCUACGCCUUCAGCUCCACAUACGUGCUCAGGGACAUCUGCCACAGCGACACCGUGCUGUACCUGGGGAAGAAGAUUUUCAUAUCGAAGGACAAGUUUGAGAGCAGCCUCCGGCCACUCACCAUUCCCAAGUCAAUGAGGGCGGGAGGAGCAUCGGUCACAAGUGCUUUAUUCACUUCUAAUUCAAAACUGCUGUUGGUGGUGAAUAAGAAAGUCUACAUGUACAAUUACCUUUCGAACAGAUGGCAUAAAGCUAUAGGUAUAUACCAGCCUGUCUCACACAUCAGUGGCGACAAAUGUUGUUUUAAAAAUGAAUUUUGCCUGGAGUUAUCAUAUAAAGUUUUUGCGUAUCUCCGUGGUGGACCACUGCCUAGGACCAAAAUAUACUUCUCUGACAAUGGAGGAUUCGCAUUCCAGUCCCUGGCCAGUGAGAAACUGGAUGGACUUGAAGGGACAUUAGGAGGCGUAUUCCACUUUCACUCCUUCUCUCAGGUGGGAAUACUUGAGGUUAAAGACAAACUGGGUUCGUUUCAUUACAUGGAGCACCCCCUGAAUCACAGUGCAGGGAUACCCUUUAAGUACAAUGACCCUCUUGACGUCAUCAUCAAGCCAGGCCAGAGGGGGUUUCUGGUCCUCUGGAAUCAGACAAGUCUGUUGGUGUCCCCCAAUUCAGGCCAGAUCAUCGAAACCGUGCAGCUGUGGAGGGGGAACACAAUCGUUACCCCCAAUAUCUCUGACAUGGGAAUCAACAUCCACAGCAUCGCCUCCAAUACUUAUGAGCUGGCUUUGCUGACACGGGAAAAUGUUGUAUACUACGGGAGCCAGGGUUACCUGGGAACCACCUUAGUCCAACUGCCGGAUCAGCCUCUCUGGUCUGAAGAAACAGGCAUCUCUUUUACCGACACUGGCAUGCUGGAGGUCCUCACGCCGGUAGCUGACCCACAGUUCCCAGCGUUUGACUUCCAGAAGUGCAUUGUGAACGUGCAGGCCGUUCUCAAUACGCCCGACCUUCAGAUUGAACCUUGUAAUGUGGAGUUUCUGGAUAGCACCAUGGUAGAACAAAUGUUCACGAUAGACAUGAACAGCCAGCUGGAUCUGUCUGCCCUCAUGAUUCCCCGGUCAGGCAAGAUCCCCAUUCCACUGGUGAUGGUCAGCAACCCACACUCCUUGGGGCUCGAGGCACACAUCAUUGAGUUUGGCAACACUUUCGACGGCAACUAUAAGUACAAACUGGAGAUUGAACUCAGACAGCAGCAGCAGCAGGACAGUGCGGACCUCAACUUCACCACCAGCAUCAAGCGGAAUACCAUCUCCUCCGUAACCGUGGACAUAGCCGACAAGACAGUCGCGUGUGUGGACCUGAAGCCGCUGUCCACGCUCAUCUCCAUCGGCUGUGACAAGACAAAGAAGAUUCUCGUGCAGAACAAAAUCUCCGCCUGCUCCAUGGGAAUCCUCAGCCCGGUGGAGCUGCAGAGAAACUAUACUUACACCAUUGAGAAGGAAGCCUACAGCCCAAUAAGCUACGAUGCCGAGGCCCAGUCCGACCUGCUGGUGUAUUACCAGUACGAGAAACUGGGCUGCCCUCGCCUGGUCUACUAUGACAAGCCGUGGAAGCCCGUGGUGGAGAUGUGGAAGAACGGGAUUCUAGAGGAAAUCAUGAACGCUGAGUACGUGAUCACGGAGGUCAACGGGAUAACCACCUACACCUACUCCCUGACGGCGGCCACUGCGAACUGCCGAUCGCAGCCUCAGAACUGGAGCACCUUUAAGUCAGACUUUUACUUUUUAUUCGAAGGAACCCUCUGGAACAGAGAGAACUACAUCAGCUGCCAUGAGGAGAACAAGGACAACCCCCUGCUGUGGCCAGAGGUUGAGUAUCAGAUCUUAGGUGGCCAGACAGACAAUAGGGUUAUUUUUGGCCAAAGAAAUGGAAUCUAUACCUUCCUUCUGUCUGUGGUGGAUCCAUACUACAGCUACUGCAGCCUGGAAACCAUGUUCAGCGUCUACGUGGAUGGCGCCCUACCCAUGGCGUUCUUCUCACCAGAGCUCAGCAUCACCCUGCUGGUCUUCACGACACUGCUGAGCACGUGGCUGGCCUAUGCCAUCCCCAAGGAACUGGGCACGGAGAGGGGCCAGCGCCUCAGGAACUUCUGCUCCCGGCUGUUUGAGGGCUGCCUGGGGCUCUGCAGAUGCAGCUGGCUGUGGAGCAGGCUGUGGAGCAGGCUGUGGAGCAGACUGAAGCUGUGGUUGCGCUCCAGGAGGGUGGGGGACCAGCCAGAGAGAAUCCCAAGACCACAGAGAAACCAGACAGACGACACAGAGGCUGUGAGGGGCCUCUGACCUCCAUGUGGCCUCUCGUCCCAAUAAAUUGUUAAUAAUAAAGAGUGACCAGGUAGUGUCCAUGCCAA